GGGCUGGCUAACUAAUAUGAAAUGGCGGCCUCGUCGCCUUUGCCGUUUUUCUUGAAGCUCAGAUUCACUGGUCCGUUGUUUCGUGAACCAGCUUCACGAUCGCAACAAUAAACAACAAGCGCGCAACCUCAAGACGGAUAUCAUACACGAAUACCAUUUCCGGCAGGACACACUGACCAGGUGCUGGCUACCGACACCAAUCAGGCCGGGGAACCCUACUGUUCACCCAAUCAAAUCUCAAGAUCCUGGGCUACCGGGAUCCCGGGGCUAAGGUGACCAAGAUGCUUUCUCCAAAGGACAUUGGCUCCAAGGCCAAUGCUUCCAGCAUCUGGUCCUUUGACUCUGGAUACGAAACGAGUCGUGCAGUGUCACCGUCGCUUCAGGCCCACGCUCCAAACAACACUCGUCCAUAUCACACAAACAAUCACACAAACAAUCACACACCGGUAAUUUUCAAUGCAGGCGAUCUCUGGAGUGCGCCGAGCGAUUGUACUCGAGUGCGGGAAGACUCUCUUGUCGACCCGAUUACGACUAGAUUGAAUGUCUUCACCACAAGUGAUGCACCGGAUCACAGUUUCGUGCUCCCUGACCUCCCAGUCUUCGACCGGACCUGCCUGGAAUGUGAAGUUUGGCAACUCACGAAUCCUGGACAACAAGUCAAAUGCCAAAAAUGUCGGGCACACUCAAUUCACCAGGCUCUACCUACAACAACAAAUCCUUUGUCACCAAACAAAGAUGCUCUCCCAAGACUAGACAUUCCUGGUGAUAUGCACGGCAAAGGCCUCAAACGUCUCCGUCCUGCAUCACGCUGCUCGAUCUGUGAAGCUCCUCUUCUGGUUGAAUCGGAAUAUUGUCCCAGCUGCGAUCCAGACCAGAGAUUUCCGCCAUCGUCACCGUCCUCUCCAGCGCACCGUGUCAAGCGUUCUCGUGCGGGUCGAAAUUCUAAGCUUCCGAUUGCGGCGUUAAAUCGACUACAGUCCUGGUUGGAUGCAAAUAAGCACAAUCCUUACCCAACUGCCGAUACAAAGCGAUGGUUGGCGCAGGAAUGUGGAAUUACCGAGAAGCAAGUGAACACAUGGUUCACCAAUGCUAGAGCCCGGCAGAUGAAUAAAGAACACGUCGAAAGCGGAAGCGAGGUGGAUGGGGCAGACGACAGCGAAGACGCAGAGGCUCCACAAAGCGACAUGGGCAUUGCUGGAUUCAUCCAGGACAAGGCUCAUGCAGAUUCUACUCAUCGUCGCACCUCUGCUGCCGUAAGGCCCUCACGAAGGGGAAAGAAGAAAGACUAUCGACGUGCUCAUCAUGCGGAGGCACCUCAAACUCCGCUUCUGCUUUCGCCAGCGUCGAUGACAACGUCACCUCUCGAUCAAACACUUCCCGUGGACCAGGAGAUGUGGCAAUGCACUUUCUGUCUCAAGGCUUUGGUACCAAAAUCAUGGCGGCGGCACGAGGACACACAACACAGACCCAAGACUUCAGCUGCGCGGUGGACUUGCAUGCUACAUGGCGCGCGUCUGAGUUUUCCGAACCGGACCAACUCGGGCUCUGUAUGCGCAUUUUGCAUGGCCAAGAAUCCAACGGAAGAGCACUUUCUGCAGAACCACAGGAUUGACGAGUGCUGGAAGCGGGAUGCAGCCGACCGAACGUUCUAUCGGCCAGACCAUCUGCGACAGCACAUUAAGAAUUUUCACAAUGCCACUUUGUUUGACAUCGUUCAAGCGCGCUGGAAGACAGCUGCGGAGCCUGUUGCAGAAGGGUGGACGUGCGGAUUCUGCGGUGACCGCCUGGAGACCUGGGACAAGCGGGAGACACACAUUUCGAACCACUUCAAAGAGGGCAUGACAAUGGCUUCGUGGAGAGAUUACUCUGACGUGGGCACGCAGAGCGACAAGAAGAAGGGCAAAGGAAAGGCAAAAGAAAAGGAGAAGAUUACUGCUCUCAGCGGCUCCUUCCUAAACAUCUUCCGACGUCCAACUCCUCAGCAACAGCAGCAGCAGCCUCAAAUGCAUCCACAGAGCAGUGCUUUCGAGAACCCCUUCCAGCCGCUGCCUAUCGAGCCUCAAAUCCACAACUACCAAGCCACAACGUCACAAUGCACAUCAACAAACUACGAGUCCGCAUACACCUCGUCAACAGCGCCGAUGGGUCUCGGUAUAUCUCAAGCCCCCGUUCUUCCCGAUAUCCCCCAUGUCAGCCCGCUCGUCGUUACGCAACAUGAUUUCGAAACCGUCGGCAACUACGUGGAAUGGGCGCCAAUGCCGACAUUCGAACAGCAGAUGCAGUAUCAGCUUCCAAACACGAACACCUAUGAUGCGUCAGUCCCUACUACAACCAUGCAGCCUGAUUAUACCAGUCUGAAUGCAUUCGGUCUCGAUCUGUACGGAAAUCCGCUUGAAUACCAAGGAUCAUGGGUUCAGCAACCAGCCUCAUCACAGGAUCCUCAUCAGUAUCCGCAGUACCAGCGGCGGCAACAGUAGUUCAGCUGAAGCGGUUGUACGCGUCACAGGUGACGUGCGCUAGCUGUGGGCUCUUCCGGUGGAAUCGUAGCCUGGCCCUUGGUCCUUUAGUGAUCGAGUUGUUUUCUCAGUUUGCGGGGGUUUUGAUGCGAUUGUUUCCACGCGAUGCUUUUUCGUGGCGCUUUAUACACCCUGGGAUCGGGCGUUUAGUGAGCUUUCUUUUGGUCAUUUUCGCUCGGUUGCUGUCCUUUGUUGUAGACUGAAUGGGACGUUCCAGCUUAAGUGCUAGACUUUAGUUUAUUGGGUUCAUUUCGUGUCAAGUCCUCCAACAUACUCCGACCAUUUUAAAUGUCUGUU